AUGGCGAUCCCAACCGCCACUCCCGUUGAUAAUCCAACGGAAGGGGAAGAAGGCGGCGGUGAAGAUCCCCCGCCAGAGGGAUUUGCUGGAGAUCCCGGCGGAGUUGAAGGAGUAGAGGGAGACGGAGGCGGAGGAGAAGAAGGUCUCAAGGGAGAAGGUGGUGGCGGAGAAGAAGGCGUAAAGGGAGGUGAUGAAGGAAUGGUUGGUGAUGGAGGCAGAGGAGAAGGCGUCAAGGGAGGUGAAGGAGGCAGAGGAGAAGGCGUCAAGGGAGGUGAAGGAGGCAGAGGAGAAGGCGUCAAGGGAGGUGAAGGAGGCAGAGGAGAAGGCGUCAAGGGAGGUGAAGGAGGCAGAGGAGAAGGCGUCAAGGGAGGUGAAGGAGGCAGAGGAGAAGGCGUCAAGGGAGGUGAAGGAGGCAGAGGAGAAGGCGUCAAGGGAGGUGAAGGAGGCAGAGGAGAAGGCGUCAAGGGAGGUGAAGGAGGCAGAGGAGAAGGCGUCAAGGGAGGUGAAGGAGGCAGAGGAGAAGGCGUCAAGGGAGGUGAAGGAGGCAGAGGAGAAGGCGUCAAGGGAGGUGAAGGAGGCAGAGGAGAAGGCGUCAAGGGAGGUGAAGGAGGCAGAGGAGAAGGCGUCAAGGGAGGUGAAGGAGGCAGAGGAGAAGGCGUCAAGGGAGGUGAAGGAGGCAGAGGAGAAGGCGUCAAGGGAGGUGAAGGAGGCAGAGGAGAAGGCGUCAAGGGAGGUGAAGGAGGCAGAGGAGAAGGCGUCAAGGGAGGUGAAGGAGGCAGAGGAGAAGGCGUCAAGGGAGGUGAAGGAGGCAGAGGAGAAGGCGUCAAGGGAGGUGAAGGAGUGGUAGGAGCCGGAGCCGGAGGAGAAGGCGUCAAUGGAGGUGGAGAAGGAAUGAGUGUAGGCGGAGGCGGAGAAGGAACGACGGGAGGGGGAGUUAUAGGAGGAACGACGGGAGGCGGAGGUAUAGGAGGAACGACGGGAGGCUGA